CAAAUCCUCUCUCUCGAGUCUCGAUUGCAAUUCGGCGUCGCCAGUAGUUAUAGACUGGGAGAAGGCGAGUUAGUUUGAGUGGAAACCCAAACCCUAUUCCCGUUUUUAUCUCGAUUCGAAUCAGCUAACGCAGAAACCCUAGGUUUCUUCUUCAGUGCCUAGCGGAGGAGAGCUUUACCUUCUCAUCGGAUUUCGAUCUAAGGUAGAGAGAUAAAUGGCUAUGGAGAUUACUCAGUUCCUCUUGUCUGCACAAUCACCGGAUGCCAAAAUCCGGACUGAAGCAGAAGGGAAUCUUAGGCAGUUCCAGGAGCAAAACCUUCCUGCUUUUCUUCUAUCCUUGUCGGUUGAACUUUCAAACGAUGGGAAACCUCCUGAGUCCCGCAGAUUGGCUGGUAUCGUACUUAAGAACUCAUUAGAUGCCAAAGAGUCUGGCAGGAAAGAACAGCUAGUCCAACAGUGGAUGGCAAUGGAUGCUUCUGUUAAGCUCCAGAUUAAAGACCUUCUCCUGAGGACUCUAGGAUCGUCAGUGUCAGAAGCAAGGCACACUUCUUCACAGGUUAUUGCCAAGGUUGCAUCAAUUGAAAUUCCUCGCAAGGAGUGGCCCCAACUCAUUGCUGCUUUGCUUAACAAUAUGACGCAGCAAGACAAGCCGGCUGCCUUGAAGCAAGCUACCUUGGAAACGCUUGGAUAUGUUUGUGAGGAGAUAUCCCACCAUGAUCUUGUGCAAGAUGAAGUGAAUGCUGUCCUCACUGCCGUAGUCCAAGGCAUGAACCUCGCAGAGAACAGCCCUGAAGUUCGUCUUGCAGCAACUAGGGCAUUGUACAAUGCCUUAGAUUUUGCGCAAACCAAUUUUGAGAAUGAGAUGGAGCGAAAUUACAUCAUGAAGGUGGUUUGUGAGACAGCCAUGUCUAAGGAGGCUGAGAUACGACAAGCAGCUCUUGAAUGCCUUGUCUCGAUCUCAUCAACAUACUAUGAUGUGCUCGAACCUUACAUGCAGACCCUCUUUGAGCUGACGUCAAAUGCAGUGAAGAGUGAUGAGGAAGCCAUUGCCCUCCAAGCAAUUGAGUUCUGGAGUUCCAUCUGUGAUGAAGAGAUUGAGCUUCAAGAAUAUGAGGCACCCGAGAAUAGUGAUGCUAAACCCCAAAAUUUCCAUUUCAUUGAGAAGGCUCUGUCGUCUCUGGCUCCUAUGUUGCUGGAGACUUUACUGAAGCAAGAAGAGGAUCAGGACCAGGAUGAUGGGGUUUGGAAUCUGUCCAUGGCUGGAGGAACUUGCCUCGGUCUUGUUUCAAAGACCGUUGGUGACGCUGUUGUGCCCCUUGUUAUGCCUUUUGUGCAAGAAAACAUACAGAAACCAGAUUGGCGUAGCCGUGAGGCAGCCACUUAUGCGUUUGGUUCUAUUCUUGAAGGCCCAACUAUUGAUAAGCUCUCCCCAUUGGUUAUUGCAGCUGUAGAUUUUUUGCUUAAUGCAAUGAGAGAUGAGAACAGCCAUGUGAAGGACACUACUGCUUGGACUCUAAGUAGAAUUUUUGAGCUAUUGCAUGCUCCUGCUAGUGGGUUUUCUGUGAUUUCUUCUGCAAACAUCCAACGGGUUGUUGGGGUGUUGUUGGAGAGCAUUAAGGAUGCUCCAAAUGUGUCUGAGAAGGUUUGUGGGGCAAUCUACUACCUUGCACAGGGGUACGAGGAUGCUGGGACAAAUUCCUCUAUCCUCUUUCCGUACCUCCCUGACAUGAUCAGUAGUCUCCUCUCAACUGCAGACAGGAAGGAUUCUACUGAUUCUAGGCUCAGGGCCUCUGCUUAUGAGACACUGAAUGAGGUGGUCAGAUGUGCCAAUCUUGCAGAGGCCUCUCACAUAAUAGCACAGCUCCUUCCAGUGAUCAUGACCAGGUUGGGGCAGACAAUGGAGCUUCAGAUUGUAUCAUCAGAUGAUAGGGAAAAGCAAGGAGAAUUGCAAGCGCUGCUGUGUGGUGUUCUCCAGGUCAUCAUCCAGAAACUAAGUGCGUCUGACGAUACCAAGCCCAUAAUCCUCCAGGCUGCUGAUCAGAUGAUGGUCUUGUUCCUUCAAGUUUUUGCCUGCCGCAGCUCUACAGUGCAUGAAGAAGCUAUGCUUGCUAUUGGUGCUCUUGCUUAUGCAACUGGACCAGAUUUUGGCAAGUACAUGUCGGAGUUCUACAGGUAUUUGGAGAUGGGAUUGCAGAAUUUUGAGGAGUACCAAGUCUGUGCCAUCUCUGUUGGGGUGGUUGGUGACAUCUGCCGUGCAUUGGAUGACAAGGUCCUACCAUACUGUGAUGGCAUUAUGGCACACCUACUCAAGGAUCUCUCCAGUGGAGUGCUGCACCGAUCUGUCAAACCCCCAAUAUUCUCCUGCUUUGGAGAUAUUGCUCUUGCCGUUGGUGAUCAAUUUGAGAAAUACCUCCCCUAUGCAGUUCCUAUGAUGCAGGCAGCUUCAGAGAUGUGUGUUCAGAUGGAUACUGAUGAUGAGGAGAUGAUGGAUUAUGGCAACCAACUGAGGCGGGGCAUUUUUGAAGCUUAUUCGGGUAUACUCCAAGGAUUUAAGAGUUCCAAGGCAGAUCUUAUGUUGCCCCAUGCUCCUCAUCUUUUGCAGUUUAUAGAAGUUGUAUGCAAAGAUCAACAGAGGGAGGAUGGUGUGACAAAAGCUGCUGUUGCAGUGAUGGGAGACUUGGCAGAUGCACUUGGUCCGAAGAUUAAGAUUCUGUUGAAGGAUCGCACUUUCUAUGGAGAGUUUUUGGGUGAAUGUCUCGAGUCCGAUGACGACCAGCUCAAGGAGACUGCUACCUGGACGCAAGGAAUGAUUGGGCGUGUUUUGGUAUCGUGAGGGUAUCAUCUUAUGUCUGAAUUGGUCAAGAAUGGUUCCCUUUUCCAUCUAAACCUCUUGUUUGGUACAUGGGUCUGGUCUGGUCUGGUCUGAUCCUGGUCUGUGUCCGGCAUGGUCUGGUCCGGUCGAUCUGUUCCUUC